AUGUCUUUCUUAACAAAUUGUUUCCUAAGCGGAUCAUCAUAUGGUACACUUAAUGCACACAGGUCAGCAUUGUCCUUAAUAUUGAAUUUAAAAAAUAAUAAUGAUGACAGAAUAAAAAGACUAUUUAAAGGUUUCUAUCGAGAAAGACCUCCACUACCCAAAUAUACAUCAACAUGGAACCCAUCCAAAGUUUUAAACUACAUAAGUAAAUGGUACCCAAACAACUUACUAACAUUAGAAAAAAUUGUGAAAAAAGUGACCACUCUUCUGGCCAUCUGUACAGCACAUAGAGCUCAAACCAUCUCAUUCAUUAAAUUAUCUAAUAUAGUUCACUCAAGCGAAGGGAUUUAUGUAAAUAUAACAGACAUCAUAAAAACUUCCAGUUUGAGAACGCAACAACCUAGAAUGUUUCUCCCAUACUUUGUUGAGGACCAAUCCAUCUGCCCAGCUAAAGCACUAGAAGAAUAUAUAAAAAUUACACAUGAGAUCAGAGGUGACAUAGACUACUUGUUGAUAACAUUUAAAAAGCCUUAUAAACAGGCUACUGCUCAAACCAUCAGUCGAUGGAUUAAAAGCGUAUUAUGUGAGAGUGGUAUAGAUACAAAAGAAUUUAAGGCUCACAGCACGAGACACGCCUCUACAUCUAAUGCAAAAUAUUUAGGCGUAUCAUUAGAUAUCAUUAGAAAAACUGCUGGAUGGUCCAAGUCUUCUGAGAAUUUUGCAAAAUUCUACAACAGGCCAAUUGAAGAGGAUAAUAACUUUGCCAAUUACAUUCUUUCAGCUAAGUAA